AUGCAGGAGUUUCCGGGCACAGGCUCCGCGCAAGUUCCGCGUCUGAUCAGCCUCGACAGCACUGGCACGCUGAUGCGGGUGCGAAGACCUAUCGGAGACCUGUAUGCAGAUGCUUUGCGCCGGGUCAGACCCCAUGUCCAGGUGUCUGCUGCAGAGAUGACCCGAGUCUUCCCUGCUGUAUUCUCUCGCCAGUCGUCAUUGUCUCCCAGCUUCGGGGCCGGUGGCUGUGGCUGUCGCGACUGGUGGCGGGCUGUUGUGGAAGGCACCAUGGGGGGGGCUGGCAUCGCAGUCUCCGACCUCGGCGAAUCCUUUGAAGCCGUUUUUGACGAUCUUUACGGACAUGUCUUCUGUGGACAGGAGGCCUGGGAGCUCCUGCCACACACUGUCAGGUCGCUGGAAUCUCUUCGCGAAUGGUGUGCCGUGCAUGACUGCCGUCUGGGUGUGAUGUCGAAUAUGGAUGACAGGCUCUCCGUCAUUCUCCAAAAUCUGGGAAUCUUGGACAAGUUUGACUUCGUGCUGACAUCAUACGAAGCCCGAGCAGAAAAGCCAUCCCCCAUCAUCUUCACGAAGGCACUAGAAGUUGCCGGUCUUGCACCGUCGUCGCAUGCACUGCACUGUGGAGACAGCUACAAGCGCGACUUGAUCGGAGCGACUUCUGUGAACUGGAUGGCGGUCUUGGUAGAUGAAGCGGUGGACAAGGCGGAGCGGCAAGAUGUGAUCAAGGAUGUUUCGGGUGACCACGGCUUGACCAUGCCUUCUCCUGGAGCAUGGCGAGUUCCCCACAUCGGCCACAUCGAAGGUUUGUUAUCUGGCUGA